AUGAACUCUCCGCACCACGCACGGCAGUCCUUGGCGUCGCAUCGGAACUUGGUGUCGCACGGACGUUCAGCCAUGGUGUCCAGUAUGGCCUCAAUAUUAGAGGGGUCUGGGGAGUAUCGCACAGACCAUGCGUUGUCCGGUCCCUUGCACCCCGCAAUGACCAUGUCCUGCGACUCCGGGAUGACCAUGAGCAGCACUUACACUACGCUGACGCCGCUGCAGCACCUGCCUCCCAUAUCCACCGUCUCGGAUAAAUUUCACCACCAUCCCCACCCGCACGCCCACCACCACCCGGCGCACCAGCGACUCGCCGCCGGCAACGUCAGCGGCAGCUUCACCCUCAUGCGGGACGACAGGAGCCUUGCCUCGAUGGGCAACCUCUACGGCCACUACCCGAAAGACAUGUCCGGCAUGUGCCAACCGCUGUCCCCUCUCUCCAACGGCCUCGGGUCUUUGCACAACUCUCAGCAGACUCUUGGCGCUUACGGUCCGGGCGCACACCUCUCCAACGACAAAAUGCUCUCGUCGGGAAGCUUCGAGUCUCACGCAGCAAUGCUGUCCCGGAGCGAGGAGCACCUGGCCCGGGGAUUGGGGGGCCACGGGGUCGGGAUCAUGUCAUCCCUGAACGGUAUGCACCAUCACAGCCAUCCGCACUCUCAGGCUAACGGGUCCAUGCUCUCUGACCGGGAGAGGCAGACGGCGGGGGGUGGGCAGGGAGGUGGUUCGGGGCAGGUGGAAGAAAUAAACACCAAGGAGGUGGCACAGCGAAUAACGGCGGAGCUCAAGCGCUACAGCAUUCCCCAGGCCAUUUUCGCCCAGCGGAUCUUGUGUCGGUCCCAGGGAACCCUAUCUGACCUGCUGAGGAACCCUAAACCCUGGAGUAAACUCAAGUCUGGCCGGGAAACCUUCCGAAGGAUGUGGAAGUGGCUGCAGGAACCCGAGUUCCAGAGAAUGUCGGCGCUCAGACUAGCAGGUGAGUGA